UCUUCAACUCCCUUUCCAUUACAAGGCAGUUAAGCCAAAAAAUAGUGAUGAAGUUUUUAAUUUUAUGUGCUUUUAGCAUUGUUCUUGUGCAACUGGGUGCUUGCACAAAGUUCAAUGCUCAGAAAAUUGGGGAUAGAACAGUUUUCCUGAAUAUGGAUGAGAAAGAAAAUUGGGCCGAUGCUCUGGAGUCUUGCAAGCGCUACAAUUUGACAUUGGUCUCCAUUCUAUCGGCCAAGGAGCAAAGAGAAUUAAACAAUGUUGUGCCUGGGAAUCCUGAUGUGUGGAUUGGUGGCUACAAAAGGGACAAAGUUUGGCGUUGGAUUAACGAUGGAGAACCCAUGAGUUAUACAAGUUGGAGUGCCGGUGAACCGAAUAGUCUUGAAGAUGACAACGAGAAUUGCGUCCACUUAACAUCGUGGGAUGAAGGAAAUUGGAAUGAUGUUCGAUGCUCUGAUAGGAAUUUCUACAUUUGUGAAUUUGUAAAGCCUCCCGGAUCACUUUUGCAAAAAGCUGAAGAUUUGUACAAGACAGUCUCGCAGUACUAUCGCUCCAAAUAUUGAGGAUUUUAAGCUAAUCAUGAUGAAAAUUCAGGGAUUUUUAUUUCUAUUAGUUAAAUCCUCUUAAAGAUUUUUUUAAUAAAAUUUUUGAAAAGAAAA